AGAUGGCAACAAUACUAUACCGCUAUAUCAUAGCGAUCUGCCUGCCGGAACGCAUGGUUAAUUGUGACAAGUGAUCGUUAACGUAUUGCGCCAAGUGAGAGCCAUGGAGAAGAAGGUGUACCAGGACACAACCCGACCGCUCCCGAAGGUUUCCCGGACGCGGUACUACAAUAGGCACGAUAAGAGCGAUCUGGGCGAGGACUUUGUGGCCCCCGACGGCGGAUGGGCGUGGCUCGUUUGCGUGGCCGCCGGCGUUUCCAAUCUAUCCAUUUAUCCCUGCCUGCAACAGUUUGGCUUUCUGUUCAGGGAGCGCCUUGGUGAUCUGGGCAUGUCCAGUUCCCAGAUCACUUGCAUUAUCAACACCAAUCCGGCCGUAUCGGCCUGUACGGGUCUGUUGAAUGGACCGAUGUUCAGGAGGUUCACCUUCCGGCAGGUGGCCAUGGCCGGUGCACUCCUAAUCUCCAGUGGCAUCGCACUGACCGCCUUCUGUGAAACCUUCCUGGGCUAUAUGGUGGCCUACGCCCUGCUCUUUGGCUUCGGCAUGGGCAUCAGUGUGUCCGCCUCCUCGCUGGCGAUCAACACGUACUUCCAGCAGAAGCGACGUCGGGCGGCGGGAUUCUCGUGGACCAUCACCGGCCUGGGUCCGAUCUUCCUGCCCCACCUGGUCACCUUCCUGCUGACCAUCUACGGUGUCCAGGGGACGACGCUCCUCUUCGCGGCCAUCUCGCUGCACUCGUUUGUGUGUGCCCUGAUCUACCAGCCGGUUCGCUACCAUGUCAGGCCGCCGGAGGAUCAGCCGGCGGAUGCGGAGCAGCAGGCGGCGGAUCAGCAGACGCUGUGUGCCCACUGUGCCUGGCAGCAGAAGCGGGAGCCGGGCGGGAUCUUCUCCAGCCAGUAUCUGUGCCAGGACGACGAUGCCCAGCGGCCGGGCUACGAGAUCUGUGAGCCCGGCACUCCGAUGCUCUCGCGGGCCAACGAUGGGUGGUACGGAUCCCGUCUGUCCCUGACCUCCGGUCGCCUGCGAUUCCGCACGAUCUCGAGUUCCAAGGAUCUGGAGCAGACGCAGCGGCUCCACUGCCCAAUCAGCGAGGAGGAGCAGGGCCACGAGAGUCACGAUGAGUUCCUGCGACCGAAUAACUUUCGCCGGGAGCGGGUGGAAUCGAAUCUGGAGGCCAAGCUAUGUUGUCGCUGCUCGGAGAAGCAGCGGGAGGAGCACAACAAUAACCAAAAGGGAAGGGAAAAGGAAAAGGAGGAGGAGGAGGAGGAGGAGCCUCCGCUGCACGAUCCCCAGAUGAGUUUCCUGGCCAAAGUGGUGACCUUCUUUGACCUCGACCUGCUGCGCGAUUUCACCUUUGUAAAUCUGGUGGCAGGAUUGACGAUCAUCAACUUUGGAGAGCUCAACUUCUCCAUCCUGACGCCCUUCAUCCUGGUUGACUUUGGGUUCGACACGCCGCAAAUUACGUUGGCCAUGUCGCUGCUGGCGGGACUGGACAUCACCAUGCGCUUCCUGGUGCCCUUCCUCACCGAGAAGAUACCGUGGGACAAUCGGGUCUUCUUCCUCAUCGGCGUCGUGGGCAUCGCCUUGGGGCGCACAGUGGUCGCCUGCACGCGAUCCUACAGCAUGAUCCUCUGCAGCUUCGUGUGGAUCGGCCUCUGCAAGGGGGUGCGCACCAUCUUCUGGCCGCUGAUCAUACCCGGCUAUGUGCCCCUCAACCGCCUGCCGGGAGCCUCGGGACUCCAGCUCCUCAUCUCGGGACUGUUCACCCUGAUCGGCGGACCAUUUGUGGGCCUGGUGCGUGACCGCUACAACUAUUCGGUUACCCUGCACUGUCUCAACAUGAUGUCCUUUGUGGCGGCGGCCUCCUGGACCUUGGAGGCCCUGGUUCGGCGGCAUCGUCGCAAGCGGCGCCUGGUGGACAGUUGAGGAGGCGUUAUCCAACUCAAAGACAUUGUAGCAUAGGAACAACUCUUUUUUUUUUGCUAGCCCUAAGAAAAUGUUUUGUAUAAUAAAUGUGCCCGAGCAUUAAUUGCUUUCCAAAUGCCCAGAAGUGUGCCAAGCUAAACUACACAAAUGUUCGUUGGCUUUCCGAUAGUCUA